UCCAGCGCACCAUCGGCAAAAGAAUUCUCGACUACGACGACUUAGGUGCAUUCUUAGCUGAAGUGGAAGCAAGCGUCAAUAGUCGACCAAUCACUUGGGUGUCAGACCAACCUGGAGCACCAUUGCCACUAACGCCUAAAGACCUCAUCCAAAACAGUGGACCGAACGACCUUGGACCAACAGAUUGCGAACUCGACUACGACGACGAAAAAUUAACUGGACCUGAGAAAUUGGCAGCACUUUGGACAGCAUACAGAGAAGCAGCAGACGUCUUUUGGUCCCGAUGGAGCAACGAAUACAUUCUGGCCAUCAGAGAACGUGCUGGUUGGACACACAAAGGACCACGUUCUCAAACAACAUCACCACCGAAAAUUGGUCAAAUUGUACUCGUCGAGAUGGAUCUUCGACCACGCAAUCUAUGGCCUCUGGCAAAAAUCGUCGAACUCAAUGGCUCGGCUAAUGAAAUUAGAAGCGUCAAUCUUUUAACUGGAGAUGGGAAGAUCAUCACCCGUCCAGUCAGC